AUGCCUCUCUCUUCCAUUUUCCUUUGUGUUUUAGAUGACCUGAAUCUGCCAGCCGUUCCACCAAUAGAAAUCAGUGUUCCUCAGAACUACCCAUACUCUAGUCCAGAGUGUAAAACUGCAAAUUACGAUGCCAACCCUUUCCUUCAAAAAGUUCAGAAGCAGCUCUCUUCCAGACUUCAGCGAAUGCCUGAAAUGUACUCUGUCACUUCAGUGCUGAAUGCAUGGGAAUUAAGCAUACGGCAGGCAUGUAAUGCAGAGGUUGCAGUCAACUGAAAAGAAAUAACGCCUAUAAUCGCUAUAGCUUAAAACAUUUAUUUUAUCAGAAAAGUGAGAUAUUUAUUUCGUGUAAAAGCGGUAUUCUGAGAACAGUAGGCAUACUACAAAGUAAAAUCGAGGAAAACGGCAAAGAGCAAUUAUAUGAUUUGGUCUUUUACGACACUUACUUCUCCGUGGGAGUUUGAUCUACACACGUUUUUAAGAAUAAAUAACAGAUUUCUAGAAAGUACAAAGUAAAGAUAUACUACUAGUAAAUGAACGAUUCAGAUCGAUUGAGUGGUCAAAAACUCAAAUACGAAAUUUCGGAUUUUAUCAUCCUUUGCAGAGUUCUGAGUACUAACUAGGUUUUUGUAUUCUUAGUAAAUAACUUAUCUUACACUAGAAAAAAAAAAGCAUAUUCAAUUUUGGCUAUUGUUGUUAAGUGGCUUGAAUAAAGAUGAAUAUACCAGCCUCGUA